AUGGUCAAGACCUCCGUUCUCAACGACGCUCUCAAGAGCAUCAACAAUGCCGAAAAGGCCGGCAAGCGUCAAGUUCUGAUCCGACCCAGCUCUAAGGUCAUCAUCAAGUUCUUGUCUGUCAUGCAGAAGCAUGGCUACAUCGGUGAAUUCGAGGAGGUUGACGACCACCGCAGCGGGAAGAUUGUCAUCCAGCUUAACGGCCGCCUGAACAAGACUGGUGUCAUCUCCCCUCGCUACAACGUUCAGCUCCGAGAUCUCGAGAAGUGGGUUGUCAAGCUAUUGCCAUCUCGUCAAUUCGGAUACAUCGUCCUGACCACCAGCGCCGGUAUCAUGGACCACGAAGAGGCCAGAAGAAAGCACGUCGCAGGAAAGGUUAUUGGCUUCUUUUACUAG